AUGGCAAUCAAAGUCAAAUAUAUGGGAGAGUACAAUUAUGUGCCGUCCGUUGCAGCCGCCUCAGUCUUCGCAAUCUUAUUUGCUGCCUCAACAUUUUAUCAUUCCUAUCAACUAUUUCGAACUCGAACCUGGUUCUUCACAGCGUUCGUUGUAGGAGGUUACUUUGAGAUAAUCGGAUACGUCGCUAGAGCCAUUUCGGGUAGCCAGUACCCUAACUACAGCAUGGCACCGAUUGCUAUUCAGACAAUCCUUAUUCUAAUUGCUCCGUCUCUUUUUGCCGCUAGCGUCUACAUGACACUAGGACGCAUCAUUAUCAUCACCGGAGGAGAAAAAUAUGCCCUUGUGCGAAGGUCAUGGUUGACAAAGAUUUUUGUUUUGGGGGAUAUAAUAGCUUUCCUCACACAAGCUGGCGGCGCCGCAAUUCUUGUACAACAAACGGCAAGCAGUUUCAAAACAGGCGAAAAAGUCAUCAAGGUUGGCCUGAUCUUCCAAAUCAUAUUCUUUGGCCUCUUCAUCUUAACUGCCGUUCUGUUCAAUAUUCGGCUCGUGAAGUACGGGUCUAUCCAAUUGGCUGCUGGGGAUAUUCCGUGGAAAAGACACAUGAACGCUCUCUACACCAGCAGCCUUUUCAUAUUCAUUCGCUGUAUUUUCCGUCUGGUGGAGUACGACCAGGGGUCUACAGGUUUCCUACUUCAGCAUGAGUACUGGGUAUACAUUUUUGAUGCUGCGUUGAUGUUUAUGGUCAUGCUUGUGUUUCAUUGCAUCUACCCCUCUGAAGUCAACGAGAUACUGGCUCGGUAUAAGAACAUAUCUUCGUCAGAGCUUCCUUUGCGUGAAUAA